AUGCGUGUCCCGCUGAGGGCUCCUUAUGGGCCGGUUGAAAAAGAUGAAAAAAGUCCUGAUGGGCUCCAGACGGAGUGCCGGACCUUUGGCCUCACGUGUUUGCUCAGAGCGCGUAAACUAAAGAAAAUUGGACAACAGAAGAACCUGGAGGAGGAUCAUUGUGUUCAGGAACCAGCAGAAGUGCCCCACAUUUCUCCUAAGACGGGUCCAAACUUUAACUCCCAGCUGGUUUUCCUCAACAUCCUGGAGUCCAUUGAGCCCGAGGUGGUGAACGCAGGACAUGACUGUGGCCAGCCAGACUCUGCUGCCAGCCUGCUCACCAGCCUGAACGAGCUGGGAGAGCGUCAACUGGUUAAAGUGGUCAAAUGGGCAAAAGGAUUGCCAGGUUUUAGAAACCUGCACGUGGAUGACCAGAUGACCAUCAUCCAGCAGUCGUGGAUGGGGGUGAUGGUGUUUGCGUUGAUAUGGAGGUCCUAUAAAAACGUCAACGGCAGGAUGCUUUACUUUGCGCCAGACCUCGUCUUCAAUGAACACCGGAUGCACGUCUCCACCAUGUAUGAGCACUGCAUGCGGAUGAGACACCUUUCUCAGGAGUUCGUGCUGCUGCAGAUCACUCAGGAGGAGUUCCUGUGCAUGAAGGCCCUGCUGCUCUUCAGCAUCAUUCCUGUUGAGGGCUUGAAAAGCCAGAAGUACUUUGACGAACUGCGCCUCACCUACAUCAAUGAACUGGACCGUCUCAUUAAUUAUCAAAUGACGACAAACUGUCCUCAGAGGUUCUACCAGCUCACGCGGCUCCUGGACUCUCUGCAGAUGACGGUGAAGAAGCUCCAUCAGUUCACGUUCGACCUUUUCGUCCAGGCUCAGUCACUCCACACCAAGGUCAGCUUUCCAGAGAUGAUCGGAGAGAUCAUCUCGGUACACGUCCCAAAGAUCCUGGCAGGUUUGGCUAAACCCAUCUUGUUCCACAAGUAG